UGCCGUCGUAGUCAAGCAGCGAUCGGGAUGGAAGCCCUGCGCCUUCGCUCGUCACCGCUGCACCACCUUGGGCUGGGAGUCUGGCGGCAGCUUCGCCAAGCCAGCUCGCGUUGCUAUGUGCUGGCGCUGUUUUUGGAGAUGGCCGAAGGCAUGACGUUCUUGUGGCCUGGUGGUGGGAGAAGCUACACAUCUUCAUUAUUCCGCCGCCUCGCCAUGGACCUGGUACAUUGCCACGUUGCAGAUGUUGCGAAGCGUUUGCCCAAGUGUUCUCGGAGGGUGGUCGACAUUCCUCACAUGUGCGGUGGUGCGGCCCCCGACGGUCGCUACAAGAAGCAGGUGGCCUCGCUAGCCGCCCAGUUCGGCUUCUCACUGGCUCGGCAGAAGAAGCACACCAUCCUGAAGCGAGUGGUCGACUACGACGGUGCGCACCACCAGCAGACCCUUACGGCUUGGAAAACGCCUUCAAAUCAACAGGAGACCAAGCGGUUAGAAGCUAGAGUGCGGAGAAUGGAUGACCCCGAGCUGUUCGAUGCGGACAAGCUUCGGGCCAUGGCCGCGCGGGUAAGCCGCAGCGCGACUGGUGCAACUGGCAUGUCCCCGCCGGUCGCUGGGAGGAGAGCCCGCACCAAGCCGAGGCGUCGAGAUCUCCAGCGUACCGACGCAUCAGGCCUCUCGCACAGUCAGUCGCCCGACAUCCUUGCAGACUACCAGAGCUCAGUUUGCAACGAUGCGUUGCAGUGCUUGCCGCUAGACAUGCCGACCUCGCACUUGUUGCCCUCGCGCGCUUGCGCUGGUGCCUCGUCAACUUCUACUCGAGUUUUGCCACAGCGGAGGCGCCGGCGCAACAGAUGGUGGAACAAGUAG